UCCCGUCUGUCACACUCCGUUACCUCCGGUAACAACUUCUGGGCUUAGCGCUCCUUACGUAAGGGGUAACAGGUGUUUCCCUUGGGAUUCGCCGGUUAAUAACCUUACGUGAGGGUGAUGGCAUCCGCCAAUCAGAAGAUCCAGUGGAGCACCAAACGGUUGCCGAAAAGGAAGACGCGCCAAGAUGGUGACGCUGCCGUUGGAGGGAAUGAGGCCGAUAGUGCCAGUAAUGAAGCACCACCACCCGCUUCUGCUCUUGCUUCCCAGCUCCACCAGCAGCUAUUACCUUCUCCUCGUUCCCAGCCUGUCGGGUCUCUUGGGUUUUUAGUCUCGACCCCAGGUGCACCCGUCGCCUCUCAGAGCUCUCCUCCUACCGGUUUCUUGGGUGGCCGACCCCACGAUCAGAGGCAGGGCGCGGCGCGUGGCACACGCAGCUCGGCUCGCAAGGACCUGGUCUCCGCUUUCGCUUGGGAGGCCCUUGACAUAGACAAGGUCAAGCAUACAAGUACUACGACUACUACUUUUAUCGCGAAUCCAGAAACUCCAGCCCAGUUCACCACCCCUAGUAGGAGCUCCCCAGUUCAGAGCAGUAAAGGUCACCGGCACCAGCAGCAGCAGGCUGAAGAUAGAGCUGCGGACCUGAGUCCCUCCGUCUGCAAAAUGUCUAGGAACCGGCCACGAGGCCCUCCGGUCCCCAGAGACAAUGGCCUUGCGGCCAAUGAGGAGACUGAUAUGUGGAACAAGAUCCUCCAGGAUCUGCGCAAGGCUAAAGAGAAGAACGACAAGCAAAAAGGCCUGGCAGAGCAAAUAGCUUCUCUGAAUGAGAAGAUUGGACGAGAGGGUGGAAGUAAGUCAUCUUCCUCUCCUGUUCACAUGCAUUGCCCUUUACUCCAACACAGCCGUUUCCCCAUCUCAAGGUGUUCUCGCUCCUUGAAGAUUGUACGACUCGCGAUGCUCUAGGCUAGCCCUCGGUCUUAGCUCAAUGAUGCCUACAUCGGCAUCACUGUCUUCCGGGUUCUCUCUCGAAGACCGAAGCCGAUAAGUCUUGCACGCGCUAAUGGAUCUCAACAGGGCCAUCUUUGAGCGAGCAUAACCAAUUAGAUAGCCUCUAUAGGCAGAUGCUGAAGUUGUGCGAAGAUGAAAGGGCUAUACUUCAAGAC